AAAAAAGUUGAGAAUUAAAUUAAAUGCUAGUUUGCAUCUAAUAUAGCAAAAUCCGUCCCUGGUCGGAGUCAUAGAAGAUUUUUAUCAUAAAGCAUUCGUUUAUUGUAAGCAAAAGCAAGAAAUGUGGGCCGUCGGGCCGACCCGUCCUCUGUCCGCGGCCGCUGCUGCUGGUCGGGUCGCCUUCGCCUAGAGUAGAGUGAAAAUCCUAUCGAUAAUAUUAUGUAUGCACUCUGUUUUGUGUUAUGUGUUGUUGGUUGUUGACGAUCACGAUACGCAUUCGGAAUUAUAAAGAAGAUAAUAUUCACAUCACAACACAUAUCAUAUAAGUUAAUAAGUACCCUACAGUCAACAACCGAAGGCAUUACGCACAUUUAACUUGACUGGUGUCUGGUGUCAUCUUUAACGUUUUAACCUGUCAUUCUUUGGUAUCACUUGUUGGUUUAUUUGCUUGUUGCUGGUAUGCUUAAAUUCUAUAAACGUGCAUUUAUUUCAAAUUGAAAUAUUUUUAAGUGUGUAGAUUAUAUACAUACAUUCAACAGAUGUGACAGUUGGAAAAAAAGACUCAAUAAUAUGGAUUCGAAAGCAUUUCUCUUGCUAAAUUCAAAAAAUGAGCAGUAUUAAUCAGUAUCAAGAUCUACUAAAUUACUUGGAGGAAUCUCAGAAUGAAAUUGAAGGAGCAUUCGAAACGCCUUAUAAAAAUGAGAAUAUUAACGCAAACGAAAAUAGAGAAGAGGAAAGCAAAGAAAACGAUGAUGAUGUUAAUUUUUUAAUUAAGUUAAACGAAAAAAUAGAAUCAGAUUUAAUAGAAUUACUAUCUAAAAGUACAUUUAGAACGAAUACGCCAGAAUACAAUCGAACUAUAUCUAAUGGAAUCGACGAUACCAACGUUCAUUUACAAUAUUAUUUUCCAAAGAACCAUGCAAAUUCAACAGCGACACCAAUUAAUUCGAAUAAAAUUGAAGAAUCUCCGGUAUAUUUGCCACCAAACCAUUCGCAACAGAAUUUUCAAAGAAAUGUGAUCGAUGCAGCUACCCAAACAUCACCUCCUUCCUUAUCGCCAAGCUCUACAAACCUAACUUGGGCUUCCAGUUCAUCCUCAUCUCCGUGCCUUUCAUCUCCAUCAAAUUCUGACAACGAUUGCUUAGAAGAACACUUCGACGAGACUUUAUCAGCGGUUCCUUACGUAUCCGAAAAGAAAACAGUAUUAGGUUCCAAAUUUUCUUCCACUCCAAUUUUGAAAACCAACCACAAUAAGGUGAACAAGCAGAGCCGAUCACAGUCCGAUCGACACCUAACUGAAAUUGAAGCUGCAGAGGCUUGUAAAUGGCUUCGUGCAACUGGAUUUCCACAAUACGCUCAAUUGUAUGAAGAUAAUCAAUUUCCAAUUGAGAUACCUACAGUAGCUCAAGACCACCCCUUACUAGAAUCGGAUAUUCUACACUCUUUGUUUAGAAGAUUACAAAUAUUAAAUAGUUGCGCUCAUUUACAUCAACAAAAAAUCGUGAAUACAGAAGAUGAAUCUGAGGAUGAAUGUUGCGCCUUGUCAGACAACUGGACAUACCAAAUCGAUAUCAAACGGUGGUCUCGAAAUUCCAACAAAGCACCCUUCCAUAACUGUUACGACGAUGUAUCGAAUGAUACCGAAACGGCAGCCUCGAAUAAAAAUUUAGAAACUAUUAUUAAUAAAAGAGUGGAAUUAAAGAAAACUGGAAGUAUUAGAGACUCGGCUCGGAGAGAAGGAAUAACAGCCGUUAAUGAAAAAAACAAUAGUUUAGGUCAUGUCCCGCAAAUAAACCGGUUAAAAUUGUCCGAAUUCAGGCAUUCAUCCGAUUCCGAAGGAACACCAAGAACUUCAAGGCGUAGCAGGACACAAUCUCUCGAUAAAACGGAUAGCUGGUCAACUACAAAUAUAAAAAUCAAUAGGUUAUUAUGGCAAAACGCAACCGAAAAUGAGUCGGUAUUCUUGGAGAAUGAAACAGAAGUUCCAUUGAAUAUUGAAGGGCCUUCACUGUACCAAUUAUGUGCAUCGCAAUUACAAGUUUUAAGAAAACUGGCACUCCUAAAAUUAACAGCACAUAUGGAAAAAUAUUGUCCCGCUCAUAGAACUGGCUGGAAUUGGGAUCUACCGAGGCUGUUGAGGAAAAUCAAGUCACCAAUUUAUAAAGAUAGAAAUGUUUUUGGCGUACCGCUAACAGUGAUAUUUCAAAGAAGUGGGAAAAUUUUACCCAGGCAUAUAGAGGAAGCCAUGCAGUGGCUUCAUGAAAACGCUUCUGAUCAAGUUGGUAUAUUCCGAAAAUCUGGAGUUAAAUCUAGGAUACACAUUUUACGUAAUAGAAUUGAGUCCAAUUCUGUAGUUGAUUAUAGCGAGCAACAAUGUUACGAUGUGGCAGAUAUGUUGAAGCAAUAUUUUCGUGAAUUACCAGAAACUCUUUUGACAGCCAAACUUUCUGAAACCUUUGUAUUCAUAUUUCAAUAUAUUCCGCCUUUCUUACGUCUAGAAUCUGUUAUAUGUGCGAUAAUUUUGAUGCCAGAAGAACAUUCUCAAGUACUGCAAGCCUUAUUACAUUUUCUAUUGAUCGUAGCAAGCAGAUCAGACGUAAAUCAAAUGAACGAGCACAAUUUGGCAAUGUGUUUGGCGCCGACGUUGUUUCACUCCUCUUCUAUUUACAAACAAAAUUUCGGAGGCUCACCUCACCCUAAGGAAUUAGCAGAAAAUAAGGCAGCACAAGAAUGUUUGCUCUAUUUCCUCAAACACUUCCACACCUUAUUCAAGAUUCCGAAAGACUUCAUAAAUCAGUGCAAUUCUAGCGAAAUCAAAGAAAUAAAGCCAAAACUGUUGACGGACAUUGGUGACGGCGUGGGUGGUUGGAAGGAAUACUUAAAAGAAUGUCAUAAAAAUUUGUUAAAGGAAGUCAAGGAAAAAUCUCGCGGUUGGAUGCCAAUAACUGCACCUGUACCCUGUCCCAAUUCGAAAAUAACAAUAUUUUAUAAGAAAGUUGCGGAUGGAAUGCCACUGAGAUUGUGGAAAGUGACUGCAGACAUUGAAGCUCCGCCAGCAGAAGUUGCGCAUAGAAUAUUAAGAGAACGGCACAUUUGGGACUAUGACCUCAUAUCUGCCAAAAUAAUUGCUCAGUUAGAUCAACAAACCGAAAUAUUCCAGUAUAUUAGAAAAAAGAUUAUACCAAUACCGAAUGAAGAAUAUUGUGUCAUAAGGACAUGGAGAUCUGAUUUACCAAAAGAUUCUUGUACAAUAGUAGAAACCUCAGUAGAAUAUCCGGGGACAAUCCAGGUUCCAGGUUCAACCAGAGGCAUCGUUUUAGCCUCCCGAUAUCUCAUAGAACCAUGCGGAUCUGGAAAAUCUAGGCUUAUCCAUUUCUCUAGGGUUGAUACAAUGGGAAGAAGUCCAGAGUGGUACCAAAAAAAUUACGGACAUUUAAGUGCAGUUUUUAUAAGGAAUUUGCAAAAUUCCUUUUACCAAAAUACAAAUGGUCCAGAGAGCCAGGUAUAAAUACCAAAGAAUUUUUUGUUUUACAUCACAUGACAAAGUCACAAUUUAUACUUUUGUAAUAGUUCAAAUCGAUUUAUAUGUAUAUGUAUAUAUACAGAAAUAUAUUAUAUUUUUAUAGUUCAUGAAUAAAUAUGUACUUAUUGUUCUUUUUUAGU